UGGAGAAAAACUUAAAACCCACGUUCACCAGAGACAAAGCAAUCAAUCAAGUUAUUAGAGACCUAACCUAACUCAAGUCGUGCAUUUUGUUUUCCGCGUUUGCUGCACUUCUCUUCAUUCAUUCAUUCUUCUUCUUCACCUCUUACUUCCAAUCUCUUCUUCAACCGCAAAGGUUACUCUGCCUUUUCACACCUUCGCUUCUCCAACUUCCCUUUUUGGACUUUUCUUAUUAAUACUACUUUCUAGAUGUCUUAGAAAGAGGAGCACAGAAAGAAACCACAACCUAUCAUGUGUCUUAUUCAUCAAUUGCUAUCAAAAGCAGGAAGACACAUGUUCCUAUUGCUUACUGUAGUGUACAAUUUUGAAUCACCUUGCCGAUAUUGCUUGGUGAAUUGAUACAGUGCGAGACAAUCGGUUCUUGCAACUUUAGGAAAUGUAAAUUUGAUUAGUUGGAGCCCCAUCAAAGUAGUUAAGAUACACUCCAAAGAUGAUGAAGAAACAACUGACAGGUAUAAGGGGUGAUUCUCCCUUACAAUCGGCAAUCCGAGGUGGAAAUUUGGAUUUGGUUCUGGAAAUCAUCUCUCAGAGUCCAGAGGAAGAAUUGAAGGAGUUGCUUUCAAAGGGAAACAACUCUUGUGAAACUGCCCUGUAUGUUGCUGCUGAAAAUGGUCAUCUUGAUAUAAUGAAGGAAUUGAUUAGAUAUCAUGAUAUUGGGUUGGCCAGCUCCAAAGCUAGAAAUGGAUUCGAUGCAUUCCACAUUGCUGCUAAAAAUGGAAACUUGGAAAUAUUAAAGGUCCUCAUGGAGGCCAUUCCUGAAAUUUCAAUGACCGUUGAUCUGUCAAACACUACUGCAUUGCAUACUGCUGCAGCACAAGGGCACAUUGAAGUUGUAAAUUUUCUCUUGGAAAAAGGUAGCAGUCUGGUAACUAUUGCAAAAAGCAAUGGGAAAACUGUGUUGCAUUCUGCUGCAAGAAACGGCCAUGUGGAGGUUGUCAGUGCACUUCUGAGCAAAGAACCUGAAAUUGCAAUGAGAAUUGAUAAAAAGGGGCAGACAGCACUCCAUAUGGCAGUUAAAGGACAGAAUCUUGAGUUAGUGGAUGAGCUUGUGAAACCGAAUCCAUCUUUGGUUAAUAUGGUGGAUGCCAAGGGAAAUACUGCACUCCAUAUAGCAACCCGGAAGGGUCGUUUACAGGUUGUUCAGAAGCUACUAGAUUGCAGGGAAAUAGACACAGAUGUUAUUAACAAAUCUGGAGAAACAGCUUUAGAUACUGCAGAGAAAAAUGGUCGCUUGGACAUCGCCAAUUUUCUGCAGCAUCGUGGAGCUCAAGGUGCCAAGUCCAUCAAGUCACCUACGACAAACACAGCCCUUGAACUGAAACGAACAGUGAGUGACAUAAAAAGUGGGGUUCAUAAUCAGCUGGAACACACAUUUAAAACACAAAGACGCAUGCAAGGUAUAGCAAAACGAAUUAACAAAAUGCACACUGAGGGGCUUAACAAUGCAAUCAACUCCAACAUUGUUGUUGCAGUCCUUAUUGCAACAGUUGCUUUUGCUGCCAUAUUUAACAUCCCAGGCCAGUAUCCUGAGAAGCUAAAUGAUCUCUCUCCUAAAAUGUCUCCUGGGGAAGCAUACAUUGCUCAUGAUAUUGGAUUCCUGAUAUUCAUAAUCUUUGAUUCUACUGCCCUCUUCAUAUCAUUGGCUGUUGUGAUUGUCCAAACAUCUGUGGUUGUUAUUGAGAGGAAAGCCAAGAGACAAAUGAUGGCAAUUAUAAAUAAGUUGAUGUGGGUUGCCUGUGUGCUAAUUUCUGUGGCAUUUAUUGCAAUGUCAUACAUAAUUGUUGGGGAUCAUAAAGAGUUGGCUAUAGCAGCCACAGCUCUAGGAACAGUGAUUAUGGCAGCUACUUUAGGAACACUCUGUUAUUGGGUGAUUGCUCACCGACUUGAGGCCUCAAGAUUGCGAAGUCUUAGGACAACAAUGAGCAGUAGGCAAUCAUUGUCUUUGUCAAUGAUGUCAGGUUCCGAGAAUGAGUAUAAUAAGACAGUGUACGCAAUAUAAUUUUUACUACUCUACUUUUUUGUACUAACAUAGAUGUAGGCUACUAGGCUUUUGUUUCUUAGUAUAACAAACAUCAACAAAAGCAAGUAAUCAUAGUCCACUUGAUAAGUAAAUGUGUCUUUUUUAAUUGACAGUGUUUGGUUGCUCUUCAUUGUCGCACGCACUUCGGUGAAGCAAGUUAUAAAAACUUCUUUAAGUGUUUGGUUUCGUGUUGCA